AAGGAGGGAGCCACCUCUGGAGCGAAUUCACUGAACUUGUACGGCAUCCAUCCCGACCAUUGGGCUGCCCCCAUUGCGCUUGCAUCCCUCCACAUAAUUUGUCGCCGGACCAAAAAAUGUUCGAACCGGAGUUUUCAAGUCACGACUGCCAAUUGACCCAAUCGCGUGAAGCACCCACGGUCAAAGGGCAACGUCGCCCUUGUCCUUGCCUUUCGUCAUGAGCCACGUAUUGAAUCCCAUUUACAUUCGUGCCAAACGAAACAAAACCAAUCUUUUCCUUUAUGUCAAUCUAAAGGAUACCAUUGCUGAAGUCAAAUCCAAGCUAUGCGCAGCCCUCGGUGGCGAUCGUACACCGGAGGAGAUUCGCUUAUUUCUUGACAAAUCGGACGCUGAACCGGCCCUGUUGGAGGAUAAGAAGACCGUCGACCAAUCCAAUGUCACCAACGAUGCUCUUGUCUUUUUUGUAUUUUACGACAAGGAUAAUGUAAAAUGGGAAGAUAUCCAUGUUGCCGAAUUUGAAUCACUUGACGAAGGAGAGGAUGAAGAUUAUGAAAUGAAGGAAGAGAUGCCUCCCAGUUCCAAGAAGGAAAAGGGAAAAGGCAGAGCAUGAUCUAUCAACAUCUUCACGCACACCAUGCAGUGAACGUCUUUUUCGAUUCCCGAACACCGUACACACUCUGCGUGUCCACAUCCCCAUCCAGUCCUUCUCACAAUCAAGCAUUCCCACUAAUUGUUUCGCGCCCUGAAUUUGGUAACUCACAACUCACUGUCAAAUUUUCCAGGAGAUGAUCAUGAGCUUUGUCAUCCACAAUUUAGAAAAUAAAUCGCGACAAAGAGUAAAUACACGGGGUUUGAUUAAACCUUGAAAAAUAAUGUUGGAUGCGAUGAAUGCAGCCCAGAAACGGUAAUAUCCUGGUACUGGUUUGAACACUCCUUGGCAUAUGUCCCCAAUGUCGACGUUUUUUGAAAGAAUGGAACUACGCACCUUCGUUGUUCUAUGAAAAGGAUUCAGAUUGAAGUUUUCUUUUUUUUUUUUCAAUUUAUAUUAACAACCACAUGCGCUCCUGACACCACGUCGAUGAUGAGAUUUUAUGUAGCACAAAAUGUUU